UUCAUUUUCGGAAGUUUUUUGCCUUUCCUUCUUGUGGCCGUUGCUCCUGCCUGCUCUCUCUGUCCUCUCUGCUCUCCUCCGAGUAGCCGCUGCCGCUGCCGCUGCCGCCGUCGCUCACGGAGCAGACGUCCACGUCCGCGAUGUUCUCGUGGAUCCUCCGCGGCUGCCGCGACGAGUGCUCCGCCACCGACCAGCUCAAGCAGGCUCGUGAUGUCUUCGUCGCAAAAGAGGCUGUCUUGCAAAAGAAAAUAUCGCAAGAGAUGGAACGUGCCAAGGAGUUCACAAAAUCAGGAAACAAGCAAGCAGCAAUGCAGUGCUUGAAGAGGAAAAAGUACUACGAGAGCCAAAUGAACCAGGUUGGAAGUGUCCAAUUGCGCAUUAAUACCAAGGAAAAGAUGAUCGCUGAUAACAUGGGGACCAAAUAAGACAAAGUAGAUGACAGCAAUUCGUACCUGCCCAGCUACCUUGAACUCUUUGACAGAAAGGGAUGGUCGCUUAAGAUAUCUAUCGUAUGUAUAUAUAGUAGUAAUACACUUUUCUUUUUGCCAGCGUUUGUUGGAACUCUUUGUAAGAUCUUGUUAUUUUUCGAUCUCCAAUUUGUGUGACUUAAGUUCUGUGAAAUAUUUGACUUAUGCUUGACUUUUUUAUUUUUUGACCUCACUUGUGGUUGAGUUGGCAGCAUGUGCACUUUGAGAAGAUCAUGUUAUUUUACAGUCUCCAAAUUGUGUGAAUAAAGUUCAGCAAAA